CCCAGAAAAAAAGUUUUCUUCCUUGUCAGGUAAGUAGGUGAAAGGUCAUGACCUCUGUGACAUAACAAGAUGGCGGUUCGUUUGUACUGUGGUGUGCGACUCGGGAGCCGGUUUACGGGCCUUACAGCUGCCCAGUGCCAGGCCAGGUUUUCCACCUCAGCCCAGAGAACAGCUGACAGUCCCGAUGUGUCCAAGUUCUACCCGGCGCUCUGCAACCCCAUGCUGCCCCCGGGGACGUUUAACGGGAAGGUCGCGUUCAUCACCGGUGGGGGGACCGGCCUCGGGAAGGGGAUGGCGACCGUAUUGUCCUCCCUUGGGGCAAAGGUCGCUAUAUCCAGUAGGAAGCUAGAGGUGUUGCAGAAGACAGCAGACGAGAUUUCGGGACAGACUGGGAACGCGGUGCUGCCCCUUCAGGCUGACGUAAGAGACCCUGCAGCGGUGACGUCAGCGGUUGAUGCGCUGGUUGCAGAGUUCGGUCUGCCUCACGUGGUCAUCAACAACGCAGCAGGAAACUUUAUCUCACCAACAGAAAGAUUGUCCCCGAAUGCUUGGAAAACCAUCAUAGACAUUGUGCUGAAUGGUACAGCCUAUAUCACACUGGAUGUUGGCAAGAGACUCAUACAAGCUAACCAAGGAGCAGCUUUCCUGUCUAUCCUUGCCACAUACACACAGCAUGGGUCUGGGUUUGUGGUGCCCAGCGCUGCAGCAAAAGCUGGGGUGGAGGCACUCACACAGUCCCUGUCUUCAGAGUGGGGCCGAUACGGAAUGAGGUUUAAUGCCAUUUCACCAGGACCAAUCAAAACCAAGGGGGCCUUCAGCAGGUUGGACCCAUCGGGACGGUUUGAGAAGGCCUUCAUGUCCCGGAUCCCGACAGGCCGGCUGGGGGAGGUGGGAGAGUUCUCUAACCUGGCUGCCUACAUGGUCAGUGACUAUGCCAGCUGGAUGUCAGGAGAGGUUGUGACCUUUGAUGGAGGAGAGCUUCCAACUGCAGCAGGGAUGUUCAACGAGCUUCGACGAGUGUCCAAGGAGGAGUGGGAUAUGAUGGAGAAGAUGAUCAGGUCAACUAAAGGUUCUUAAAUAUGGGAAUGAUCAAGUCAAGACAAGACAAAACCAAGGGGACCUCAGGAUUUUCACUACAGCCAGCAGCAAAUGGAUUUUUAUAAUCAUAUAUUUAUAUCAGUUACAUAAAUAUAGAUCUGAAGAUAUUGUACCAUGUUGUUUCUUAUUUAUGUCAUAACCACCUGAGAAAAUACAUAAUUUAUUCAGAAGUUGAGAAUAUUUGCUGUCCUCUAACAAAAACUGUAAUAACACCAAUUGCAGCGUCCGACUCCGGUAUUUUGACAACAGUGCACCUGUAUCGAGCGAUGUCACACAAAAGGAACAAUGAAGAGUAUGUUGAAUUUGGGAUUGCUGGCAUCUCAUGUAACUCAUAACAAAUAUAUAUCCUACCCAUAA